AUGUUGGCAGCUGGCUUGAUGGUCUUGAUGUGGCAGCCGCAGAGAGUACGUGUCUGGGCUUCCAUGGAGGACGUUGAGGAUCUUGCGCAAGAAGAGGCACCCAAGCCGUGUCUAUGCAUCUUCGACAUCGACAGAACGCUCACAACGAGGACGUCCCUCUCGUGGUGGACAUCGUUGUUUCUUUGUCUUGCUGCGCCCAAAGGCUGCCAUUUAGCCUUUGAUGAGAGAACAGGCGAGACGGGCCAUUCUUUCUUGGCGCGGUGCGCACUCGCUGCACGCUCUGCAGCGGAGGCUGUCGGGACGGGCAGAGAGCUUCCGCUGGGCGUGCCGGAGUUGCGGGGCUGCCUUGACACCUCUAGCCAGCUUCAGGAUGAGGCGCUGAGGGAAGAACGGUGCAGCUUGUGUCCAGAGGGCUGCGUGCUGGUCCUCUUACUGGAGGCCUUGGCAUUUCCGGCGCAGCAUCUUAAUGUGCGCCACUGUUCUUUAUCUCUGAUGUUCUAUUUCCGGGCCAGCAUGUACUUUAAGGAGUUCGAGCCGCACUGGACGCUGGACUUGCGAGACAAUCUCGCCCCACUGGUGAAUGUGCGGCGAGGCCAGUGUGCCAGCGCGCGGGAGCGCGAGCUACAGGGCCGAAGUUUGCCGCAGCGACAGCCCAGUGCCGUCCAGACAUCACGCCGUGGCCACGGCAGCCUUCUCCGUGAGGAACAGGCGGCAGUGCUCAUCGCAGCGACGCCGGCGAUGCUCAAGAAGUAUCAGCCCUUCAUCAACUUGUGGAGAUGCUAUGCGCUGCGCCACGGGCAUGCCUUUCUCCUCGAGACGGACGAAGGCGAAGCGCCAGCGCCCAAUUGGUUGCGCUGGUACGCUGCAAGGCGGUAUUUGCCGCUCUAUGCAGCGAUCCUGCUAGUAGAUCCUGACCAGAUCAUCGUGGCACCGUGCUGGGACUUGUCAAUCAUCGAGUUGGCGGGGACUUGGCCAGAACGAUAUGCGAGUCGGCCACUUCCUGACGUCGGUUUGCGUGAUUUCGGGCGUCCGCAGACCCUGAACAAUGGAGUGGUGCUGCUGCGUAACUCUGUCCGUGGUAAUUUCUUCCUAGAGCUUCUUCUUGAGAAGGCCCUUUGGUUCCAGACCAUCGAGCGUGACCAGGGUCCCUUCGACGAGACCAUCCUGGAAGUGUUGGGAAUGGAGGCCCAAAUGAGGCAUGGCGCUACCUAUGAUUCGGAGUGCUCACAGUACCUCUUCCCCAACCAUCAGGGGAACCACGAGGUCUCGCUCUAUGCACUGUGUUGGUGGCGGGUCAGUGAAGAACUGGCCGGCCCCUUCGGCGACCGCAAUUCAAGCAUCAUCAGAUUCGUCGAUCCGCGGCUUACUGACAUCAACCAUGUUGUUGGCGCCAGAGGAUUGUCCGAUCCGGCACUCCUCUACCACUUCGCGGGCCGCUCCAAGGACUGGGAGGCGAUGCUGGAGACUUUUGGCCUGGACGCCGCGCGAACACGUGCUUGCCAAGAGGUUUUUAGCUAUGUCGACAACAGGAGCUCUCUAGAAGACUGUGUUCCUGGUGGACCAGUUGUGCAAGAGUGCGAGCCGCCAGAGAUAGUCUGCUGA